AUGUCUUCUGUACCCAUAAAAUUAAUCCAUGAGACCCUUGGUCACGUUGUAACGAUUGAAUUAAAGUCUGGUCAGUUGUACAGAGGCAAGUUACAGGAAGCUGAAGACAACCUCAACGUCAGUCUACAGGAUAUUACAGUAACUGCAAGGGAUGGACGCGUUUCUCAAUUAGACCAAGUUUAUAUCAGAGGGAGUAUGAUCAAGUUUGUUGUUGUUCCUGAUAUGUUACAGAAUGCACCAAUGUUCAAACGUAUCGGUCCAAAUGCAAUGAAAGGUAGAGGUAUUGGUACUGCAAGAGGUAGAGCAACUAUAAUGAGGGCUAAUGCAAGGAGAGGAAGGGGUGGACCACCACCACCGGGGAUUAGAAGGUAG